CCCGGAGCGAGGACGCGGGGUUGGCCGCGGCCCGGGGGCAGGGCCGGCGCGGGGGGCGGGCGCGGGGGGCGGGAGGGGGCCGCGGCGGGCUCCAGAUGGCAAUGUCUCUGGUCGGAGCGUGCCGCAGCCUGGCCCUCUCAACAUGGCUGCUGUCCUUUUGUUUCGUGCAUCUGCUGUGCCUGGACUUCACCGUGGCCGAGAAGGAGGAGUGGUACACCGCCUUCGUGAACAUCACCUACACCGAGCCCGCGCCGCGGCCCGAGCUGCGCACCGAGAAGACCGAGUGCGGGCGCUACGGCGAGCACUCGCCCAAGCAGGACGCCCGCGGCCAGGUGGUGCUGGCCAGCCCGGCCCACGACCGCCUGGCCUGCGACCCCAACACCAAGUUCGCCGCGCCGGCCGGCGGCCAGAGCUGGAUCGCGCUCAUCCCCAAGGGCAACUGCACGUACCGGGAGAAGAUCCGGAACGCGUUCCUGCAGAACGCCUCGGCCGUGGUCAUCUUCAACGUGGGCUCCAGCACCAACGAGACCAUCACCAUGUCCCACGCAGGUGUAGAGGAUAUCGUGGCAAUCAUGAUUCCUGAGCCCAAAGGGAGGGAAUUGGUCAGCCUGCUGGACAGGAACGUCACCGUGACCAUGUACAUCACCAUUGGCACCCGCAACCUGCAGAAGUACGUGAGCCGCACCUCAGUGGUGUUUGUCUCCAUCUCCUUCAUCGUCCUCAUGAUCAUCUCCCUCGCCUGGCUGGUCUUUUAUUAUAUCCAGAGGUUCCGAUAUGCUAAUGCCAGAGACAGGAACCAGCGCCGUCUGGGAGAUGCGGCCAAGAAGGCCAUCAGCAAGCUCCAGGUCAGGACCAUCAAGAAGGGCGACAAGGAGACGGAGCCCGACUUCGACAACUGCGCAGUCUGCAUCGAAGGGUACAAGCCCAACGACGUGGUCCGGAUUCUGCCCUGCCGGCAUCUUUUCCACAAGUCCUGCGUUGACCCCUGGCUCCUAGACCACCGCACCUGCCCCAUGUGCAAGAUGAACAUUCUCAAAGCCCUGGGGAUCCCGCCCAACGCCGACUGCAUGGACGACCUGCCCACGGACUUCGAGGGGUCCCUGGGAGGGCCCCCGACCAACCAGAUCACAGGCGCCAGCGACACCACGGUGAACGAGAGCUCGGUCACUUUGGACCCUGCGGUCCGGACGGUGGGGGCCUUGCAGGUGGUCCCAGACAGCGACCCCAACCCGCAGGAGGGAGAAGUUCUCUUCACCGCCAACAGCGAGCAGGAGCCGGUGGUGAGCAGCGACUCCGACAUCUCUCUCAUCAUGGCCAUGGAGGUCGGCCUGUCCGACGUGGAGCUCUCCACUGACCCCGACUGCGAAGAGGUGAAAUCCUGAGCCGGCAGGUGUCCAAGAGAAGGUGAUCGGACUCCAGGGGACGGGAAGGAGGAGCGGCCCGAGAUGGGCCCUUGGGCACCCGGACCUCCAAAACACCUUGGCAACCCCAGGGCUCUCCGCUCCGGAAAGGUCCCCAAAAGCAAUAUCCAAAGUCGCAUUGGUCAGGCCCUCGGCAGAGCCUGAAAGCCGAUUUUCCUCCCACGGCCUCACGGACCUGCAGGCGCUCCCCGCCCUGCCCGGGGACUUCCUAGGGCUGGCUUCACUGUCCCUUUUCCCAGGUCUUGCGUGGGGAAUGAUGUUGGGUUUCGUUGGCAGUUUCCACUGUAGGGACAAUGUGUGGAUGGCGUCCGUGCCCCUCCCCUCCCCCACCUAUGAAUCACUCCAGCUCUAGAGCCGGGUUCUCUUCCAGCUCUGACCCAUUUGGAUUUCAUCUCUGAGAUGAACAGCCGAGCCCUCCCGGCAGUAGGGGGGGUGCAUGGCUUUGGGAAGUGCCUCACCCCCCCGUCCCCCGCAACACCGAGACCAGCUUUCCUGAAGAAUCUAAAUUCUUUUUGAAUGGAUCUGGACUGUCGCAGCUGCCGAGCCCCCUCAUAACCCCCCUGCCACUGCCCACCCGAGCCCCAAGUCUGCUCCUUCACCUCAGCCCUCUCAUACUGGCGUGCAGCUGCCAGGACCUCAGACCCUAAAAUGCCAGCUCCCAGGGGGCGCGUCCUCUGGUCCUGCCUUUGGCUGGAAAUGGAGGCUCAGAAGCCCCUUCCAGGCCUGUUGUUCCUUUCUUCGUGGCUGGAGACCAUGUGACUGGGAGGGCACAGUUAGUCUAACCCAAGACACCACUUCCGCUGCAGGGAGCAAGGAGCUGACUCCCAUCACGCCCGUUACCUCCAUUACUAGUUUCCGGGGGAGUCACGGCCUUCGAAGGUUCCAGUCAUCCUCGCCCAGCAGCCAACACAGUGGAGGCUUCCCCUCAGUCCCCACACACCCCGGCAACCUUGAUACACCUGGAGGAAAGAUGUAGGGCCGGCCCGGGCACAGCUCCAUCCCGAGAGAAGAAGAGGGGUGUGGGGCAUGAGAACUGUUUCUGCGAACAGAAAGUCAUGGGAGAAGGAAGGCAUCUGAAGGGGAGGGACCCCUGCUGGGUCCAUCACCUAUUUCCGUUCUUCAUGGGGACUGGGACAGAUAAAUGCUAUUUCUUGUCAUCCCACACACAGAGAUGAAAAGCGGAGGGAGAGGGCCAUCUAGGAGGACCCAUCCCCAUGGGAAGGCCAGGCCACAAUGUGGGUGAACCCGGAAGGAACACCUCCUCCCCACACACAUCAUUUGCAUCUGGGAUGGGGACCCCUUCACCUCCUCACACAAAUCAUCCCUCAUCCGUCCCACAACCAGUGUCGGGGUUGGUCCUACGAUUCCACUGCCCGCCAUGACAUGAGUUGGGAGGGUAUUGGUCAAGAGAAAGCCCUGGGUGUUGGGGGGAUUUCCCACCUUGAGCCAUUUCCUGUAUGACAGUUUAUGAGCCAGCCAGGUCACCGAUGUUGAGAAAGGUCUCCUCCCUCAAAGGGUCACGCUUAUCCAGAAAUCCAGUGUCUGGUUGGGAAGGCAGGAGAGAGGGAGGGGAAGAGGAUUAUGCUUGCUAGGGCCGAGCUGCUCCCCUAGAAAAUGAAGAACAUGGCCAGAUACUUGCCUGAGUUCCUGAGGGCCCAGGACCUGAGAGGAGCAUUAUCUUGGGGAAUCCAUAGUUUGCAGAUAAUGGUGACAUAUGGCAGAUAUGUGGGGGCUGAAGUACUUGACACAGGACAUUUGGCAGCUUUGGGGGUUGGCACUCUGGAGUCGAGAAGAAAACAUCUCUGUGAUGGGGCUUCAAGUCCAAGUUGAAAUUUUGUUUUGUCUUAUUUUCAGCCCUGUGGGGUUUUACGUGAACCACAGAGAUCUGUGUGCUGAAGAAAGAAUCUCAGACACAGAGAAUCUCUGGAACCUUGAAAUCUCCUUCUGGGUGUGGAAUUCUUCACUCCAGAAACUCCCUUUUCUUACUCAGCAUAGCAAGGCUCCAUCCCCUCCUCUUGCACUCAUCUCUGCUCUAAAUCCAUUUUGCUACUAACUUCAGUCAAGUGGAAUUUCUUUUCUUGUUAAUCAUUCAACAACAAAAGAGACAGAACAGUCUUCCAUGAAAAAAAUAGGUCUAGGGGUUCAGAGUGAUAGUAUAGCAGGUAGGUUAUUUGCCAUGCGCGUAGCCAACCCAAGCUCAAUCCCCCAUAUCCCAUAUGGUCCUCUGAGCACCACCAGGAGCACUUCCUGAGUGCAGAGCUAAGAGUAACACCUAAGUAUCACCAUGUUACCCCCAAAACAAACCAAAAAAAAAAACAACUUUCCCCACUCAAAAAAAAAAAAAGUCUAUAGCCCACACCCAGAGAAGAAAAUGCCCUAGGAAUGAUCUCAUCAAACCAGCUCCUAUUUGACAUGUGAUCCCAGCCCCACAGUGGCCAGCUUGUCAGAAAUUGGUUGAAGGAUGCAGUGAGCUUGGUUGCCAAGGGCCCAGGAAGCAUCAGAGGCUUGUGAAUUAGACCCUGAGGAGGACCUGAUCCCCUGAAUCUCAAACCUUCUUUGCCACCAAAGGUUUCUGGACGAUUUCCCCAGGCCUCAUAGUUUCACUGGCAUGAGAGGACCCAAGGGAAAUAAAAACAGUCCUCCCUGGACUUUGUCACCACCUAUUCCCCACAGGAAAAACGGGCCUAUUCACAGAGAGUGUCAAAGGACACGGAACCCACUAGAACUGCAUGCAGAUGUAUACACUUUCCUGAAGUGUCUAGACCAGCACUGUCCAACAAAAAGAGAAUACAUAUCACAUCUAUGAUUUUCAUUCUCCACCUUCAAGACAGAAAGUAAAAUCAGGUCACUGACAUUCCUCGUGUGUCACUGAAUUAUCACCAACUUGUCAACCCUCCAAAUUUACAAUAUUCCCGAGUUCAGUUCUCAGGUCCUCCACUACUGCUUUCAUGAACAAAAUAUUCCACCUAUUCAGUACAAAGAUGCCUAAACCCACGUGGGGAUUAUACUCACGGCACAUCCCAGUGGACAUGAUGCCAUGUGUGGUUCAGAGCAGCCCAUGGGACAGGGCCACUCUAGCCCGCCUCUGAAUGUCACCAGUGCAAACUACUUCCCUCCAGAGAGAACUAGACAGAACCCCAAUUGCAUGAGGAGCCUGGAGGUGAUUUAUUUCGAAAAGAAUAAAGAGUCUCACCAUCCUUUUUGAAUUGUCUAACUCAUCAUAGAUGCCCAUUACCAUUUCUUGUUACUUCUCUCGCCAGUUGUUGUUUUUAAGAAAUCACAUAAAUCGGGGCUGGAGUGGUAGUACAGCAGGUAGGGCGUUUGCCUUGCACACGGCCAACCCGGGUUUGAAUCCCAGCAUCCCAUAUGGUCCCCUGAGCACCACCAGGGGUGAUUCCUGAGUGCAUGAGCCAGGAGUGACCCCUGUGUAUCGCUGGGUGUGACCCAAAAAGGAAAAAAAAAGAAGUCACAUAAAUCACUUAGAUGUAGGUGCUGAAACAAAAUCCCCACAUUUCACUUGUCAGACACAGCCUGACCCAGAGAGGUGGCCACCGGAAACCCAGGGGCAUGUCGGACUGGCCUCCAGCUUUACCUCAGCCUAGUUCCACUCCUUCCUGGUGGGCCAGUCUGUUCCCAGCCCCCAGCGCCCCAACCCCGACGGCUAUAGCUGGGCAGCACAGAGGCUGGGGGACACAGGUGGGAAAUUACAUACAGGAACUUGUGGCCUUAUUGAGACAAAGUCUCGGUGCUCGCUGCCACCCACCCUCUACCUGUGAAGAACGAGCUCCCCCAAGAUCACCUUAGCCGGAUGUCAGUGCUCCCCUUCUGCCCCCAGGCUCUCGCCGAGAAGAGCACUUCCACCCACUCAGGAGAAGGCAGGGUCGAGACUAGAGGUACUUCAAGGGCUGAGUGCUUGGUUUCUGGCAGCAUAUGGUCCCCCAAGAACCACUGGGGAUGACCCUAAGAAAAUGCUGGGUAUUGCCCAGAAUAUUUUAGAAAGAACUUAGAGUCACUUCUAGGAAUCGUUCCUUCCUGAUUGAUGGGUCUCUUGGGGAAGACUGAGUCCUAUUCAGAAUACCGUGUCUGACAUCUGACUAUUGGGCCCAUUAUCUGCCUGUCACGGGUCUGGCUUUAGUCAUAAAAGAAACCACAGUACCCAGAGACUCUUCCGGGUCCCCUCACUGACUGCUCUCCCCAGACACGCUUCUCAGAACAACACAGGGUGGCAGCAUGUCUACCUUAGGCUGCUUCCCAUUCGUGAGUCUAAUUUAGGCUGUUUCUCAUUGGUGAGUCUAACUUAAGCUGCAUCUCAUUUGUGAGUAUAAUUUAAGCGGCUUUACAUCGGUGAGUCUAACUCGGGCGUUUCCUCAUUAGUAAGAGUCUAACUUGGGCUGCUUCUCAUUGGCGAGGGUCUUACUAGGCUGCCUCUCAUUGGUAAGCAUCUAAUUGAGGCUGCUUCUCAUUGCGGAAGGUCUAAUUUGGGGCUGUUCUCCAGUGGCAAGGCUCUAAUUAGACUCCUUCUUACUGGUGCGAGAUUAUGCUGCAUCUCAUUGGUGAUUCUAAUUUAGGCUACUUCUCAGUAGUGAGCUUCCUUCCAAUGACAAUUCUGAGCAUAAACAAAAAUGUUAAAUGGUAUUUAAGGCCUGGAGAGACAGUACAGAGAGUAAGGCACUUGCCUUGCACAUGCUUGACCCAGGUUCAAUCCCCAGUGCUCCCAUAUGAUCCUCCAGCCUCCCCAGGAAUGAUCCCUGAUCAGAGAGCCCAUAGGAAACCCUGAGCACAGCCAGGUAUGACCCAAGUACCACAAAAUAAUAAUAAUAAUAAUAAUAUAACAAUAAUUAAUGAUAGUCAUCCACUGAAUGCUUUGCCUCAUCUGAAAGCAUAAAUCUCAUUCCAUCAAAAUUCUCUCAGAAACCAGGGAACAGUCUCAGACAAGGGGAUGCCCAACUGUGGUACACAACUGUGGCAAUUUCUGGUAGAAGUUUUCACCUGUUCUUAGAUUUCAGUCCCUUUGCCAUCUAUGUUUUCUCUUAAGCCGCCCCCUUACCCCACCCACCCCCCCCACACACACUUUUCCCUUCUUUCAGGAACAAAUGCCUCCGUGGCUAGAUCUACAGGCCUGUCCACCGAGUGGCCACCCUCUCAGCGUCUGCUCUUGUGAUGAGGAAACCCAAGUUAUGGUUAAGGCAAAUCAGCUUUGAAGGAGCAAAUGUUCGCUUCUCAGGCCCCCUUUCUUCUCGCUUCCUUGCCAGGAAAAAAAAAAAUCCAGGGAGCAAUUCCAGAAGGUUCCACGCGCCUGCGACCUCCCUCCUUGCUCCCGGGCACCCAGACAGAGCUGAGGGUUCUGGGGGGGAAGGGACCGUGGACUGUUGUGUGGCUCAGUCCCCCUCGUGCUUCUUAUCACCUCAGCGGGGGGACUCGGUGUCCCCGGGGAGAGCAGCUCGAGUGAGGCGAGUCAGAGGCGGGAAAAGCUGCCCACCUGAGGAGGGCCACAGCUCGGGCCUCUCCCUCCCUCGUGCGUCUGAGGAGGCCCUGGGGAGGGUGCGGGGACGCUCUGGGCCAGGAAGCCCGGGGACAGCCGGUUAGAGCUGGAGGGAGCCAACAGCCCCCCUGAGGCCUGGCAGGCUUGCCUGGGGCCCACUGAGGAGGGGAGCAGGAGGACGGGGACUGGCUGGGGUCCGGGACGACCCUCUUCCUCCGCUCCUGGGCGCCCUUCGCGCCCCUGGAACCAGAACCGGAAGUAGCCCCCUGACCGGAUGCCGACUCGCCGCACCGGAAGUGCAUUUUCCCUCACACCCGAGCUCUCUCUCCCGCUCGCUGGAGCCUCCGGGCGACACUCCGCGGUCAUGUCCCCACCACGGGGCCUCCCCAGACCCAGCGGGGACACUUGGGGCGCAGGCCAGCACGGGCCCUUCCUUCAGGGAGCGUCGCCCCCGCUGUUGUGCUGCCUGUCGCCCUCAGCAGGUGGAGGGGCUGCUGCUGUCACUCGCCUCUGUCCCCACCCACUCCCCCCACCCCCGCCCCCGCCUCCCCCUCAGGCCCAAGCGCCUCCCCACCAAAGGGACGCUCCUGGGGGGACGCAGACACUCGGCCUCUCCCUGCCCACCUCAGAGCCGGGCUCUCGAGGCCGGGGGUCCCUGCGUCGAGGGGACGAGCAGGAGGCCCAGGUGACCGUCUCCUCUCCCGAGAGGGCUGCAGGGCGCCUCGUGAGCCGGGACAGAGUCCCCGGGGACUGGGGGGGGCAGCGGGGCCGGGCCAGCGGGGAGGGUCCCGUGUGGAAGUGAAGGGCCGGGCCGGGGACCGCGUGUACUAGACAAACCAAAGACUGCUCGCCACGCAAUGGGCACACGGUCCCCCCCUUGCUGCACACGGGAAGGGACGGCGGUGGGGAGCCCCCUGGGGGGUAACUGGGCAGGUGUACGGUCGGGGACCGCCCGCCCAGGAGCCCCGGCUGCCUCCCAAGUGUCGCAUGAGCCCAGCGGCUAGCCUGGCCAGGGCAGGACAAGGGUCUCUUGGAGAAUGUCAAGGUCAUUCUUGGAGAAUGUCAAGAACCAAAGAAUUCCACCCCCCUGUGCGAAGAGCCAGUUUCUGAGGGGAGGACGGGCUCUGUGGGAGAGAACACCCAGCUGCUGCCACCUGUAUGUGGCGAGGGAGGGAGCAGGGCUGGUUCCUUGUCACCCGCUCGGCUGCUGUGACAUUCCCCGGGCGACUGUGAUGACUGGGCAGUGGGCGGGGGCGCCCCCUGCUGGAGGGUCUCCCGGCUCCUCCCGCGCCUCCCACCCUCGCAAGCACCAUUUAUUUCCUCUGCAUGGAAACCGUCUGCAGCUCAGUCCAGCCUCUGGCUUCCCGGGAGACGUGGAGGAGGAGUGUCACCAAGGCCCCUGCAGUGGCGAAGACCCCCCUCCUUCUGGUCGAGGGUGCCCUAGCGGCAGCUCCUUCUCCUGCAGCACGUGGAGGCCCGGAAUGUCCCAGCAGCGCCUCUGGUUGGGUGCUGGGACGUGGGGCCAGGUGGGUGUGUAACUCCUCUCCACUCUCUUCCUGUCCGAGGGCCAAGGAAGGUCAAUAAACUUCUUGCCUACGAAUGUCCACGGUGUGAACUCCUGAUGUGUUUUGUACAUGUACAUAAUCUACGCCCACUCCCGCCUGAGGGAUGGGAGGCGGCUGUACCCUUUUCUAAGUAGAGAGAGACGGAGGGGUGGGGGGUGGCGGGGAGGGGCUGUUAUUUUUCUAGUGGGGCAUCCCUUCUAUUUAGAAAACUUGAAGUCAUUUUGUACUUGUGAAAGUUACAUUCCAUUCAUUUCCUGAGGAAAGUGGGUUUCACUCUGUAAAGUGUUCAUGAGCAGGCUAGACAGGUGGUCGGUCGUAUUUCCAGGGCAGCCACCAAGUAGGGUCCCUGGGACUCGGCAUUUUUUUAGACAGCAAAUCAGGACAGCAAGAACCAAUGGGGGGAAACAGGUGGGAAGGAACCAAUUCCAACUUCUUCCCACCCCUUUGUCUAUAGAACAUCAUUUUCCACUGCAAAGAUAUGCUCCCAAGAAUGAAUUUCCUGUUGUGAAACUAUUAGACACGGCACACGGGUCAUUGUCUUGUAGCUCCCUACUAGAAAGUGGAAACUGCAAGGAUAAUCGUUCCUUCUAAGACACAAAUCAUGUGCUGGAAUUAUAAAACGUGGAACCUCAGGUCCUGGGUAGGACUUUGCUCAGUUCUCCUGCUCCUCAUGCUUGAACCAUCAGCCUCUCAUUUUCAGCUCAUGAGACGAUGCUUCUUUGAUUUAUUUGCCUCAUGAGUUAAGAUCAUUAGUUACUUCUUAUGCUCUCUGCAUGGGAAACUUUUCAUUUGGACUUUGCUUUGCUCUUCAUUGCUGAAAAAAAAUUUAAUGGUGGAAUCCAUAGCUACUUUACUCCAAACAUCAUCGUCUGUUUGAAGUCACAAACAUAUUUAAAUGAUUUGUUAAGGCAGUGUCUUUUUUUUCUAGAUAAAUCUCUUUCCUUCCCCACCUCAGGCACCUACCUUUCUCCUUCCAAAGCACUUUAUAGCUCUCUUGAAAUUUAAGUUUUUUUAAAGAAAAAAAAUGGUCUUUAAAGGAUUUGUCUUUUAUUAGGAGAUGCGGGCUUGUAUUUUUCUUUAUUCUCUAUGUGCUUGGAGAGCCUACAGUUUGUAUCAUACCAGGCAACAGAAAAAAAAUGUUAAGAUGCCCGUUGGAAACAGUCGAUCAUAGGACAUGGCUAUUUUUGUUAUAUAGGAGAUUAUUAUGUAAAUAAGUGCAAUCGUGUUCUUAUGUACUGAUUUAAAAAAAAAUUGCAACUCAAAAGUUUGAAAAGAAUUGUGAAUUCCAGGAAAUUUUGUUGCAAAAUUUUGUUUGGUUUUGUUUUUUAAUAAAAUGGAAUCAGAUGCUUGC